UCCUCUGCCCAGUCUCCCUCUGUCCGACAAAAGAUGUUACAGGAGAGUUUUAAGGGAGGCAAACCCUAGAGUGAAGACUUGCCCCAUAACCUCAAGCAUAAACAGUUGAACAGUAGUUCUUAAGCAGCGCAGAGAGGCAUAACACCAAGCAAGAUGCAAAGCGCCAUGGUUCCACUGAACGCUCCACUGGGUGAUGGGAGAGGAGCAGGGACAGUCGUGGUGGCCAUACAGGAGCAUCCACCUGAUUAUAUAGUGUGGUCUGUUGCCAACCUCUUCUGUGGAAACCCGCUCUGCCUGGGUCUGCUCGCCUUUUAUUUCUCCAUCAAGUCCAGAGACCGGAAGAUGGUUGGGGACAUUGCUGGAGCAACUUCGUAUGGUUCUAAAGCGUGUUGCGUCAAUGGCUUUGCUCUUGGCCUUAUCAUUCUCAUCUUCAUCUUGAUCAUAGUCAUAGUGACUAAGUUGACUGCCGCAGUGGCAAGUCAUCUGCAUACAUUGAACAAAUACUAUUAAAUUAACAUCCUGUCUCAUAAGAUUUAAGAAAAACAUCAUCAAUCAGAAAAUGAUGUCCUGUUGAAGUGAUGAACACAAAAGAAUUUGAAUUAUGUAUUUGUGAAAUAAUUUGAGUAAUAAAAUAUUCUCACUGAUCAAAGCAUUGAGUACA